AUGAACCCCUACGCAAAUGAGAUAUUCCCUUUCCACCCCUGGACUGUUCCAGAGCUUCCCCGAUUGCCAAGUUAUUACACUUUAGUAAGUUUCGAUACCUCCGUUCUUACCAACAUCAUAGCUGAUGCCCUCAAGAAGCCUCAAGUCGAAGACAUCCUAUUUCAACCUGGUCCACGAGUUGGACCUCAGGUGUCGGGGCCGGAUUCCAUUCUGAUGGAUCCGCCAUUCCAGUUCCAGCCUCAGGAAGGGCCCGUUUUUGAUCCUUCAAUCUGUCUGCCCUCAGAAUCUUUUGGAAUGAACGACUUCCAGUUCUCACUUCCGGAGGACUUCAAGCCGAAUAUUCCAUGGGAUAACCCCGGGCAGGUCGAUGAAACUGAAUGUGUUGUCAGCCCCUACAAACUCCGGAGAAGUCUUCUGAAGCUGGACUUGGAAUUGUUAGACGAUCUAGACUUUCUUGACUCUGGCUCUAUGUCCCUCAAAUAUCCGUCUCCGAAGGAGGGCCUCAACCCUGGUAUUGGCAGGCUUGAUAUCCCCAUCCACCGGGCCUUGAGACAUUCCACACAAUUUUUAGAAUUGAUUCAGUCUGAGAGUGCUGUAUUUGAUUACGGGUUCGGGCAUUCAGCAAUGCGGACCCAUCAGCAGUACUCUCCAGCUGAAUCGCAAAACGAAGUCGUGGAAGACAGGUCGACCAUCACAUCAUCGGUCGACUCGGGCUAUUUGUCCAUUAACGACGCGAAGGCCAUCCCGUCUUCUAAAUAUGACCUGUCGACCUCAUUGACUAUGUUGUCAACAUACUGCCAUCUCAUCAGUGUCUACCGCGCCAUUUUCGGCGAAAUUUACCAACUAUUCUUGAUAGUACCACCAACUGAAGCCGGCUCCUUUUUUACGAUGCCUACGUUGAACUUCGGGAAUUUUCAAAUUGAUGGCAGUCUGGGUUCCCAGAUGCAAGUCCUCAUUGAGCUCAGUUCAAGUCUAAUAGAGAAGAUCGAACAUGCGCUUGGGAUGUCGGCACUUCAAAAUUCCGGCAGUCGGAGUGGAAUGAGCCCUUCCUCUCCAGUUUAUAGCCCCUUGGCCUCUGUACGUGAACACAUGAUGACACCGGAGAGUAUCAAUUGCGGGACCAUGCUCAGGGAUACUAUGAGCUGCCUACAGCAACUGGUGAAAGAUUCAUCAAAUGUUUGA